UCCGGGGCCCCCGAGACCGGAGUGUGAUGGGGGAGGCCACGUGGGCGCUUCCAUCCGCCCACCCACUUACUUGGGACCGCGGCGUUGGGGGGGCUCGCCGCCCUCCUGGCGGUAGCAAGUCCUGCGUCCGCAGCCUCUGGAGCAGGCCAAGCCACACCGGCGGUCUAAUCUCAGAGCUGAAGCUCGCUAUGCCCUGGGGCCACAUUGCUGCCAAAGCCUGGGGCUCCCAUAAGAGCCCCCCAGUUCUCUGCCUUCACGGGUGGCUGGACAAUGCCAACUCCUUUGACAGACUCAUCCCUCUUCUCCCAAAAGACUUUUAUUACGUUGCCAUGGAUUUCGGGGGUCAUGGGCUGUCAUCCCAUUAUAGCCCAGGUUUCCCGUAUGACCACCAAAACUUUGUGAGUGAGGUCCGAAGGGUCGCAGCAGCCCUGAAAUGGAACCGUUUUUCCCUCCUGGGCCACAGUUUUGGUGGCACUGUGGGUGGAAUGUUUUCCUGUAUCUUCCCUGAGAUGGUGGAUAAACUUGUCUUGCUGGAAUCCUCGCCAUUUAUCCUGGAAACUAACGAACUGGAGAACAUGCUGACUUACAAGCGGAAAGCCAUAGAGCACAUGCUGCAGGUGGAGGCCUCCAAGAAGCCCUCGCAAGUGGUCAGCCCGGAGGAGAUGCUGCAGGGGUUCCUGAAGAACAACAGUCAUGUGGGAGAAGAGUGUGGGAAACUCCUCCUGCAGAGAGGAACCACACAGGUGGCCACAGGUCUGUUUCUGAACAGAGAUCGGAGGAUCACUAGGGAGUCGUAGCUUCAUCGUGAUGCUGUAGCACAACGCGACAGUCCGUAUGGGAGCUCUCUUGAAUUAACCCACUCAGUACGCCCUCACUGAGCCCCGCCUCUGUCGCGCCGUGUGCCGAGAGCUGUGAACACAGAGAAAGUCCUGAGAGCUUCUGCCCUCAGAGGCUUCUUGGCGUAGAGCGGCACAGUCCAAUAGAAGUAUAAUGGGAGCUCGUGUUAACGUCACGUCUUCUAGUGGCCGUAUGAACGGUGAAAACAAACAGGUGAAAUCAACUUUAAUAAUAUUUUCUAACUCAGUGUAUCCAAGGUGUUACCACUUCAGCAUGUAAUCAACAUAAAAAAUUAUUGAGAUAUUUGACAUUGUUUUCUUGUACUAAGUCUUCGAAAUCCAGUGUGCAGUUUACACCUACAGUGUGUCUCAGGCUGGACUAGCCCCAUUUCAAGCUCUCAGUAGCCACAGAUGGCGGAUGGUUACCGUGUGGACAGUAUAGACCUAGACCUCUUAAAUGGUCGUAAGACGGGGAGGUCAGGGCUGUGAUGGAGGCCAGCAGUGGCUGCGGGGACACCAAGGUGCACUCUUUCUGCACUGUGGCUUAAGCAGGUUUCUUUCUCAUGGAAACAGUCGGUGGAGGUAAGCGGGCUGUGCUUGCCGAGAGUCCAGAGCCCAGGCUGGCUGGGCAGCGUUACAAGGCAGCCCGUGGACCAGGAAAGGAGGUGUGGAGGGGCCACGCCUCAGUCCCAAACCUAAGCCCAGAAGUAGCCCAGGUCACUUGUCUGCAUUUAGUUGCAUGGCCACACCUGGCUGAGGGGAGUCUGGGACAUGUCUAGCUGGGCAGCCAUGAGCCCAGGAAGAGGGAGAACAGAUUUGGAGGUGGAGGGGGGAAGUCUCUGGCCUGAGGGAGUUAAAGCCCUCUGUUGAGGCAGUGAUACGGUUGGGCAGUGGGCUUGGUCCUGGUUAGGUGGCCGAAGGGGCCCCCACUGUUCCCAAGAGAGACCGGUUUCUGCCCCCCGGCAAUGCCAGGGCCUUGUGGUGAGAAUUCACUGGGGUUUUGUCU